UACUUGUAAUAAGCCGUCUCUCCUACUUUACCAUCGCGCGACCCGUCGUUUUAUUUUUGGUCACUCUAAUUGCAGACCGCUUAUCUCGGCGUUUCUCACAAUAUCUCACUGGUUAGCUUGUGACCCGGUUUUGCUUCUUCAGAAGGUUUGAUUGUGAAAGUGAAAGGAACAAAGUCUGAAGAUGACGGCAGCAGGUUACGGAACAUGGAAAUCUCCCAUCUCCAGCCAACUGACAACAGCGAGUGGUGUGGAUUUAAUGCAGCUGCGCACUGACAGUGAUCCAAACUUUUCAGACAAUGCUUACUGGAAUGAGAUUCACGCUGACGAGGGUGGACGAUAUGUCAUUUGUUCCUCUGAUGCUGCCGGAAACAUUGUCCAGUGGACACCCAAGGAGUUUAACGCUCGGACAACAGUUCAUGAAUAUGGAGGAGGAGACUUCAUUGUGUACCAGGGUGUGGUCUACUUCUCCAACUUCAAGGACCAAGCUCUGUACAAGCAGACAAGUCCCACAGCUACUCCAGAACCUCUCACGGACACCUCCAAAAGCUUUCGCUACGCUGAUGGCUUCUUCUCACCUAAGAAGUCCCGUAUUUUCUAUGUGAGAGAGGACCAUGAAGUUGUGAAACAAGGUGCCAAGGAACCUGAGAACACCUUGGUGGCCAUUGAUCCAGCUUCCAAGAAGCAGUCAGUUUUGGUCAAAGGAGCUGAUUUCUAUUCAUGUCCAAGAGUGUCACCAGAUGGCAAAAAGAUUGCUUGGGUCCAGUGGUACCACCCGAAUAUGCCCUGGGAUAGCACAGAGGUCUGGACAGCUGAGUUGUCUGCCAGUGGAGAUGAGAUUGUGCCUGGUUCUGCUGUCAAGGUAGCGGGAGGUACAGAUGCCUCUGGUCAAGACCUCAGUGUGUUGUUGCCCAGUUGGACUGCCAACAACGAACUGCUGUACAUCGGAGAUCAGACCAACUGGUGGAAUCUGUACCAUGUGACCUCGUCAGGUCAUGUCAAUCUGCGACCAGUGGAGGCGGAGAUAGGUGGACCACAGUGGCAGUUUGGUCGUACUUCCUACGUGCAAGAGCCUAAUGGAGGCUCUAGGAUUGCUACUUCUUUCAAAUCGGAGCUUGGAAUGUUGGACACCAAAACUGGAUCCUACCAGAAGAUUGACACAGGGUUUGAGUCCCAUGACCGCAUGGGCUGGACAUCGGCCGGUUCCUUGUACAUGAUUGUCUCCAGCCCGACCAAGUUCCCACAAGUGAUCAGGGUGGAUGUCAAGACUUUGGAGGUGACGGUCAUUUGUGUGUCCAUGUCUCCCCCUGUGGACAGCGCUCAUUUCAGCAUACCCCAAAGGAUCAGCUGGCCAACCUCACAAGGCGAGACGUGCCACGGAUUGCUCUACAAACCAAAGAACAAGGACUUCAUUGGAAAGCCAGAUGAGCUCCCUCCCGUGCUGGUUCGGGCUCAUGGAGGUCCCACUGGAGCUUUCUUCAGUGCUCUGGACCUGAAGAUCCAGUACUUCACCACCCGAGGCUUUGCUGUGCUCUGUGUGGACUACAGGGGCAGCACAGGCUAUGGAAAACUCUACAGGAACAGGCUGAGGGGACAGUGGGGUGUAUUGGACAUAGACGACUGUCGUACUGGAGUGGACUACUUGGUAAACAAAAAACUGGCUGACCCGGCACGAACUUGCAUCGAUGGACGGUCUGCUGGAGGCUAUACGACCUUGGCUUGCCUCACUUUUACGAAUGUUUUCAAAGUUGGAGUCAGCCAUUUUGGCGUCAGUGACCUUGAAGCGCUAAUGGAGGAGACUCAUAAAUUUGAGAGCCGUUACCUGGACACCCUUCUGGCACCGCUGGACAAGGGAGGCCGAGAAAUCUGUCGAGAGAGGUCACCGAUUCAUUUUCUUGACAGAAUCAACUGCGCCGUAGGAUUUUUUCAAGGAGAUGAAGACAAGAUUGUGCCCCCUAACCAGGCUCAGAUGAUGUAUGAUGCCAUCAAAGCCAAAGGACUGCCUGCCAUGUUCGUCUUGUUCCAAGGAGAGCAGCACGGAUUUCGGAAGGCUGAAAAUAUUCAGACCUCCCUGGAUGGAGAGUUCUAUUUCUUCGGCAGAGUUCUUGGCUUUGAGCCAGCGGACAAGGAAAUUGAACUUCCGAUUGUCAACUUGUGAAGUCUUGGGACAAAACUACGGUGAGGGAAAUUUCUACACAGAAAGCGACAUUGACCCUCCAGACAAUGGCCGCCACAGCCGCAGAGGAAGGUGAUACAUAUAUUUUGGAAGUGCCAUUUUUGGCAGUUUAUAUUUCUACGGCUGCGAGUGUAUGAAAGAUUUUGUAUUUGAGGUUUUCAUCAUAGAGGAAAGAUUUGAUGAAGUUUUUGGCUGAAAUGAAACUGACUCCUACUAAAUUGCUAUCACUGUAUAGUGAGGUCAUUAUUUAGCUGUAUUUACUCUAGUAGGUAUUGUACCCCAUCAUUUUGUUAAUUUAGUUAGUUGACUAGAUGUAAUACUCCAGUUGUUUUUGGGUUUUUUUUUCUUUUUUAUAUUCUGCCCGAGGACAGUUGAAACUUUCUAUGAUGUUUGUGUAUUGGGAGAUUGUCAUUUCUGAAUUUUGUUUUUUUUAUCAAAAUUCUUAUACAGACAUACAGUCUUUUAUUGACUUUUUAGUUAGCAUUCUUUUUUCCCUUUUCUUUUUUGUGUAUGCCUUGAAAUAAAAAUAUUGCUUGCCUUUGUACUCCUUACAGAGGAUUGGCUUAUGACCUAAUUGUUAUAAGUCUUACCUUGGAUUGGUUGACUAUUUUCAAUUGUAUUACAGCUAGUGAGUAGCCUACUAAUAUUAAUUUUAUUAUCUGAAGGAUCAUAAGAGUCUUACGUCUUUGACUUUGUAUAGUAUAAUCAAGAUCACUAUAACCUGUGAGUAUCCUUAAUAUGAACAACAAAGAUUCAGUAAUCAGAUGUCUUUAAAUUAUGCACUGUUAAUCCAAUUACGGGCAAGUGACGAUGAGAUUGGCUUUUUCUUUGCCAUCAGACUGUAACUCUGAAAAUGGUCUACAUGAACCCCUGAAAUACUAAUGCUGAAUGAAAGUGCACUAAUUUUGAAAAGAAGGACUUCCUGUAGUUAUUGGAAUUCUUUGUAAGCCAGAGGAACACAAAAGAUUGUCCAUUAUUUAUCUUAGAAUGACAGCCAAGACUCUGCAAGUCAAUGGAAAUGACUGUGUCGGAUCCUCGGCAGUUUCUGAAAUUUCUGGCAGAUUGUAAAUGUCGAAAUCCGAAAAAAA